CUCCCAGCUGUCAAUUUCUCUCACUUUUCUUCGCAAAACGCUUCCUCUUCUACGUCUUCCCCAGAAAUUGAAAACGGAGUUCAAUUGAGGGGGAUUUUUCGUUGCAGCAGCAAAAAUGGGGUCUCAGGCGAAUAUGGACAAGAUGCAGCAGCGCCAGAAUUAUCGCAACCUCUGGCACACCGAUCUUAUGCGCACCAUCCAAAAUGAUCCUCCAUAUUGUUGCUUGUCGUUUUGGUGUGGACCCUGCGUGUCUUAUAUGCUCCGCAAAAGAGCACUCUACAAUGACAUGUCCCGGUAUGUGUGCUGUGCUGGAUAUAUGCCUUGCAGUGGGCGAUGUGGUGAAAGUCGCUGUCCACAAUUUUGCCUUGCAACUGAGGUUGUCCUGUGCUUUGGAAAUUCAGUUGCCUCUACUCGGUUUUUGUUGCAAGAUGAAUUCAACAUACAGACAACUCAGUGUGAUAAUUGCAUCAUUGGUUUCAUGUUUUGCCUCCAACAAAUUGCUUGCAUUUUCUCCAUCGUUGCUAUGAUUGUUGGAAGUGAAGAGAUCUCAGAGGCUUCUCAGAUUCUGUCUUGCUUGUCUGAUAUGGUGUAUUGCACGGUUUGUGCAUGUAUGCAGACACAACACAAGAUUGAAAUGGACAAGCGUGAUGGCAAGUUUGGCCCACAACCGAUGACAGUUCCACCUAUGCUGCAAAUGUCACGCCUUGAUCAGCCGUAUCCCUCUACUGUCGGAUACCCCCCACCUGCAUAUGGGCAGCCAGCGUAUCCUCCACCUGCGCACGGUCAGCAUAAUUAUCCUCCUCCACAGGGUGCUGGUUACCCACCUCCCAGUGGCUAUCCUCCUGCCGGGUACCCCCCUGCAGGCUAUCAGAGGUGAGCUUCACUUCUGAAGUGGAAAUCGAUUUUCUGUAUUGUUGGGUCACUGGUUGGAGACAGAGUGCUUGGAGUACAUGAUGAAGGUGUGGAUAGUUAUUCAUAUCGGUGAUUAAAUAGUCUUGCACAUUUUUUUAAUUUGCUGGUACCAAUGUUUCGGAGUCCUUGUUUAGUGUUGCAUGCGUCUUCGUUGUUUGUGUUUGUACCUAUAAAUUACUGGACAACAUUUGUUUGCGGUGUAAGACCUAAUUUUGUAAAGCCUUGACUUGAAAUCAUGUGUUUUGGUUCAACUUA